GAGUAACAGUUAGAGGCGCGUGCGCAGGAGAGUCCGUUCCUGCCGUCGCCAGGCGGUUGACCGCGGCCGCCGUGCGAGCGUCUCUUUCGGCUCUCUAUGGGGAGAAGAAGAUGGCUCCCUUCCCUGAGGAGGUGGAUGUUUUCACGGCCCCGCACUGGCGGAUGAAGCAGCUUGUCGGGCUUUACUGCGACAAGCUCUCCAAGACCAACUUCUCCAACAACAAUGACUUCCGAGCUCUUCUUCAGUCUCUAUAUGCCACUUUCAAGGAAUUUAAAAUGCACGAGCAAAUUGAAAAUGAAUACAUCAUUGGCUUGCUUCAGCAGCGCAGUCGGACUGUGUAUAACGUUCACUCUGACAACAAACUCUCAGAGAUGCUUAGCCUUUUUGAGAAAGGAUUGAAGAAUGUGAAGAAUGAAUAUGAACAGCUAAACUAUGCGAAACAGCUAAAGGAAAGACUGGAAGCUUUUACCAGGGAUUUCCUUCCUCACAUGAAAGAAGAGGAAGAGGUUUUCCAGCCAAUGUUGAUGGAAUAUUUCACUUAUGAAGAACUAAAGGAUAUCAAAAAGAAAGUAAUUGCACAGCACUGCUCUCAGAAAGAAACUGCAGCAGAAAUUCUUAGAGGUCUUAGUCUCUGGAAUCAAGCUGAAGAACUCCAGAAAGUGUUUAAAUAUUCCGUGGAUGAAAAAGUGGAUAAAGAAACUGAAGAAACUGUGCAAGCCACCAAUAUUACGCACCUUCCUUCUGAGAUAAUGCUGACUGUUUUUAGCUACCUUAACCCUCAAGACCUGUGCCGAUGUAGUCAAGUGAACACCAAAUGGUCUCAGCUGGCAAAAACUGGAUCUCUCUGGAAACAUCUUUAUCCUGUGCACUGGGCCAGAGGGGACUGGUCCAGUAGCCCACCAGGUGACUUUGAUACAGAGCCUGAUGAAGAAUGGGUGAAAAACAGAAAAGAUGAAAGCCAGGCUUUUCAGGAAUGGGAUGAAGAUGCUGACAUAGAUGAGUCUGAAGAAAAUGCAGAAGAAUCCUUGGCUAUCAGCAUUGUUCAGAAAGAGAAGGAUGUACUCCAAGGCUUAAUUCAUAAUAUUCUCCCACGUGUCGGCACCUUGGUGAAAACGAUUGUGCUGGCAUACAGCUCGGCCAUAUCAAACAAAAUGGUCAGACAGAUCUUGGAACUUUGUCCAAACUUGGAGCAUCUCGAUCUUACUCAAACUGAUAUUUCUGACUCUGCAUUUGAAAGUUGGUCGUGGAUUGGUUGCUGUCAGAAUCUCCGGCAUCUCGAUCUUUCUGGAUGUGAGAGAAUCACAGAUGUAGCUGUAGAAAAGAUUUCCAGAGCUUUGGGGAUUUUGUCAUCCCACAAAACAGGAUCUCAGAAAGGUUGUCGCAGCCGGAAUGGGAAAACUGUAUUGAAAAGCAAAGACAUUACCUUGCAGGCCACCAAAAAGGAAAGCAGCUUGGAUGAUAUUACAAAUGAAAAUGUGAUUAAGGGAGAAGGGAAUGAAAGCCAUUGGAGUGCACCUGUCAGAUCGGAGACCUUUAACUCUGCCUAUAUCUGGAUGUUAGAUGUGGAAAACCUGGCUGAUAUUGAAGAUGCUGCAGAGUGGAAACACAGAAAUACUGAUGGAGUUUGUGUCAUAGAACCAGCCUCCAGUUUCACUUGUUCUGCAUCAUGCUGCAGCAAAGACAUUUUUGGACUAAGGACUAGUAUCUGUUGGCAGCAGAAUUGUGCCUCCGCUGCCUUGACCUACUGUGGUCACUCUUUCUGUUGUGCUGGGACGGCGUUAAGAACUAUUCAGGCAUUCCCAGGAUCCUCUGCACUAUCUAAACAUGCACCAAGGACUAGUAGACAGUCAGAGGGGAAAGACUUGGCAUACUUUGUUAGCACAAAAUCAGACCAAGAGACAGCACGAGUCCUUCAGUUUCUCAGUCUGUCAGGGUGUUAUCAGAUAACAGAUCGUGGUCUCAGGAUGUUGACUCUGGGAGGAGGACUCCCUCAUCUAGAACACCUCAAUCUCUCGGGUUGCCUGAGCGUAACUGGUGCAGGCCUGCAGGAUUUGGUCUCGGUGUGCCCUUCUUUAAAUGAUGAACACUUCUACUACUGUGACAACAUUAACGGUCCUCAUGCCGAAACCGCCAGUGGAUGCCAGAACUUGCAGUGUGGUUUUCGAGCCUGCUGCCGCUCUGGUGAAUGACCUGACUUCUUACCUUUCAGUCUACUUCAUUUAGCUCAGCAGGCUUCCUUUCAUGCACUUUACGUACAGUCCGCAUCUUGUGUUAACAGUUCCCUUCUGGAGUGUGAUUUUUUUUAGGUCCUUUUGGCCCCAUAAUUCAGAAUCUUAUAAGCAAAUUGUGUAGUGUCAUGCAAUUCUCAUAGUGUCUCACUUUGAUUUGGAAGGUGAUGGGUUUAAUUCUUUUUUUUUCUUGCUGCAAAAAAACCUUAAAUUGUUUUGACACUUUCCCAUUAAUGUUUGGCAAUUAGUUUGAUUUAUUUUGUGCUAAGCCUGUAAGAUUUCUUCUUUAAAAAGUCAAUGCUUAUAACAAACCUUACAGUGAACAUGUAACACAUACUGGGUAACAAUGUGCAUCUUUCAAUAGUGAUUUCUCUCCUAACCUUCUGAUCCCAGAGUGACCCUCCUAAAAAAUUAGGGAGAUACCUUCUGUCUUUUAGCACUGACAUUUUAUUUUAUUUUUGGCUUGAACAGUAAAUGAAACAUUCCCAUCAGCAUCUGUUUGUUAGCAUAUGAUACGUGAAAACACAGCACGUACUGUGUGGAUAAGGCCAAUGACUGUUUGCCACAUCAUUUUGUGGGCUUCACAAAGUAUCUGCUUGUUCAACUGUAGUUGCAUAGCAACCACAAUUCCCUUGUAUUGCCUAUAUAAACAUAUUAAAAAUGCUGAAUUCUGAAAGGGAUUUUCAAAUGUGAUUUCUCAGCCAUAAGAGCAACUGAAAUAAAUGCAGCUUUAAGGAA